CCUAGGACAAGGGCACAGCAAAAUAGAUCAGCCGCCGCUACCUUAUCGAUCGCUCCUCUCCGGCGUCGGCGCGUGUCUUCCACCGGGCUGGGUCACCGGAACGAACACCGCGCGGUGUCGCCGCCAACCCGCGCCGCCCGUACAUCGAGCACCACCACCACGGACCACAGCUAGCAUAGCACGAGCACAGGCAAGUUAAUCUGCCAUAAAAGAUGGAUUCUAAGAAGGUGAUUACUGCUGCUAAUCAUCUAACAAAUGAUCUAGUGGUGGAAAUCCUCUCUCGGGUGCUGUUCAAGACUUUUUGCCGCAUUAAAUGUGUAUGCAAGGCAUGGCUCGCCUUCCCUUUUGAUCCUCACUACAACCGGAAGCUGCCAAAAAUUCCCACCGGUGUUUUGUGCAAAGGCCAUAACGGGUCUUCUAUCCAAGUUGUUAACAUGUCCCCAGACGACAAGAAAAUUGAUGGAACUCUUAGAUUCAUACCACAUCACGAGCAAUUACAAGUUGUGGAUUGUUCCAAUGGCCUAGUCCUUUGCCGCUACAAGAGCUUCUAUACUUUUGGAAAUACUUGUCGCUUCAUUGUGUGCAACCCAGCAACACAAGAGUGGAGAGCUCUUCCUGUUUCUAACACUAACAAUCACCCAUAUGUCUCAAAUUACUCCCGUUGUACAACUUUUCUCACCUUUGAUCCGUCGUGGUCGCCACAGUUCUACGUCUUCAACUUUCUGCAGAAUGCCAAAGGUCGGCCAAUGGGUAUAAGGAAACUUGAGGUGUUCUCUUCUGAACUUUUCACCUGGCUAGUGGAUGAUGCAUGGAGCUCGGAUCAUAGGCUACGGUUUAAGAACCCACACAGUUUUGUAGGUGGUGUGUUGCAUGUGCAGACCAACAAAACAAACGAGAUUCUUGUGGUUCAAGGCCUGGAGGCAAUGAGUUCUGCCGUGGUGCCUUGUCAUUACAUUAUCCGGCCUCCAGAAAACUGUUUGGGUGGUUGCUUUGGCCAAUCUUUGGGGGUCUUGCAGUGGGCAUGUCCAGAGGAGAGUGGCCACGUAAUUAAAAUUUUCCACCUUGAUGCUUAUCGCCCUUGCAAGUGGUCUCUUAAGCAUCGUCUUCGCAUACGGGAUGCAUUUGAAAGGGACGACUUUGUUCCCAUUGAAGAGUACCUACAGUGGUUAUGUGAUUUUGAGAUUGUUGCUCUUGACUUUGAAAGGGGUGUUAUCUUCCUCUUCGAGAAGUACGAAAAAAAGCUUUUGUGGUAUAACAUCAACACUGGGAAGCUUAAUGAGAUCAAAGAUGAUCGGUUCACCCAUGGAUGUGAGUACUAUUCUUAUGUGGCAUGCUACUCAAAGCUUCCGGCCUGAGGCAAUUAUUUGAUGAACUGAGUAACAUCACAUUAUGUGCAUUACUUGUUUGCUGCACCUUUUCUUUUGUCAUUUGUUGUGGCUACAUGCCUCUGUUUCUCCUCUGUCAGACAUA